CUGAAGUAGUCCGCCCGGUCCAGGGUUGGACGUUCAACCGGUGCAGUUAGUUCAAUGUAAAGCGGAUUCAUCGAAACAUGAAUCGCUGGCUGGGUGAACAUCUGAAAACUUGCUGAUCAUGAGUGGCACCGUGAGAGGGAUUUCAGAGGACAUGGAUCGACAAAUUAUCCAGGCUGUACGCGAUGAGGACAUAAUGUCUUCUAACACGGUGGGAAUGUCAGAUUUGUCAGAUGAGAUCCUGCUGUGCAUCCUCCGCCACGUCCCCGUGUGUGACCUGGUGAUGAAUGUGGCAAACGUCUGCCAGAAGUUACACACGCUGUGCUAUGAUAAGUCCCUGCUCUCAAACGUCAGCCUGUCUGAGGAGUAUCUGGCUGACGAUCUGUUGGUUCGGUACAUACUGACGCAGCUCGCCAACCACGUGCAGUCUAUCAGCCUGAAUGGUUGCUACUGGCUGAAUGGUGCCAUAGUGGAGCGUCUUUCUCGCUGCAGAGGAGUGACGCACCUCGAUGUCACUGGCUGUCGCCUGUCUUCCACUCGUCUCUCUCGUAUCCUCUCCUCCCUCUCUCAGCUCAGAUCACUUGCUUUUGAUGUGACACCAGGCUUCACCUCUGCUAUGCUCAGUUCAGAGGCGGUGGAUUCACUGAGCCGCCUGUCGGAGCUCAGACAGACACUGUUGACACCGAGUUAUGGUGUGGUGCCGUGCUGCGCCAAACUCCGCAAGUUGAUGCUGCAGUUUGACAUCUCAGAUGUUACCAGAGAGGGUGUCGGUGUGUGCUGUCAGUUAAUGGUGGGCCAGAGCAGUGUGCCACAUUACCAGCAGCUGGAAGAGUUCACUGCCAGGCUGGCUCCAGGAGAGGUAAACCAGACCCUGCUCCUGCUCUACCUGGCAGUGUUCAGCGUUCAUGUUCCAAAGCGUCUCAGAGUUUUCCUCGUGUCGAUUCCUGGCCCAAACCCUGCUCACUGGCCUGCUGCUCCCUCACUAGCCAAGAGCUUGGGUCAGCGAGGUGACCUGGAGGCCCUGCAGCUCCCUCGGUCCUGGCUCGAUUCCUUGUCCCUAAAGCAAGCCCUGGAGGGAAACAGUCCCAAACACCUCAGCUUUAGCCGCUGCCCAGCGCUGUGGCCACAGGUGUUCCAGUCGUUGCUGGAGGGAGGAGUGAAAGAUUCCACACAGCUGAUCAGCCUGAACCUUAGCGGGAUCAAUCAGGUCCUUUACUCGGAGUGUAGGAGUGUGGAAGACCAGCUGGUUCCUGGGACGAUGAGCCGGUUGGCUGUUGGCUGUCCCAACAUUAAAUACCUGAACCUGAUGCACACACACUAUCAUCAUGAAAACUCAGCAGGGCUAGGUGGAGAAACACACCUGUGUGCCAGUUUGGCCAAAUUCAAACAACUGCGCUCUCUCACUCUGCCUGCCUGUGCUCUGGCAGAUGGCUUAAACACACAUCAAAUCUCUCAAAACACAUCUCCCUCUGCGUUGUUCCUGGGGUUAAAGAAGAUUCCACGUGUGGGCCUCCAGAACUACAAGCCUGAGACAGAGUCUUCUCUGGCAGGGGACAGCACCUCGGGGCUCGCUCAGCUUUUAGCUGGCUGCCCUCUUUUAGAGACCUUAGAGGUCAUUGGUCCAGGUUUUGUCUCUGUGCUGCCUCGGCUUGAGCCUUGCAGUCGCGCCAGUGUAGAGCCUCGCGGUAUGUGCACAUGGGCGCGAGGAGUUGGCGAUGCACACAUAGCGGCGCUUGAGGCUUUGCCUCGAUUACGCCGCCUGACUCUGGCUGGGCUUCCGGGAGUCCUUAGGGGUACAGGGCUGGUACAGCUGGCCAAGCACUGCGAAGACCUACGGGUAUUAUCCCUUGCCAACAUGGGAUCACUAAAAACCAUGAACUACACUCCUGCCUUGCUGGAUGCACUUAGACAGUGUACACAGCUACAGGAACUCAGGUUGGAGCAGCCCUACCUGAAUGCCAACGUGUCAUUCUUCGAGGCUCUGUCCUGCUGCUCUCGUCUGCAGCGCCUCUGCCUUAUCUCACGCAGCGGUACCUUUGACGCCGCUGCCACAGAAACAUUCAUGGAGCGGUGCCGCCAUGUCAUCAUGUGCCACAUGUUCAUGGGCGGCACCUUGGUGGCUUGCCGCACACUGCAGAAAACUCUGCUGGACAGAUUCACAUAUGACCGCUCGGCCCUGAGUGUGGUCAUCUAUCCAUUACAGCAUGAAGACCUGCCUUCAGUCAUCAGAGACAUCCCACUAACACUGCUGGAUCGGAUAACUUUGUUCCAGAGCCACGUGGCCCAACCACCACAUUUAUCAUCAUUGUGACAUCACCAGGAAGCUUUAGCGUGAUUGGUGCUCAGUCUGCGUUUUUUUUCUCAGCAGGAAAUAAAAUUCAUGGAAGAAAGACUGACUGUCAGCUGCUCAGUGAUUUCUGAUUGUGUGAUUCGUUACAUAAAAGACAAAAACAGUUUCAGGCUGCUUUACAACAAUACAUCCACCAAGAUUGUUUACAUUAACAUGACUCAUGAGUAAUGAUGGUCUUCAUGCUUUCUGAGGCUGGAGUUUGACUUUAUUUGUUCCAGGACAUUUCACAUUUGGUGCCAUUGGGACCUCAAUUGUGCUUUUAAGGGCAAAAAUAAUUUCUGUUCCUACACCACUCUGCUACUUUAAAAAAAAUAAGUGCCAAAAAUAUAAAUUAGGGAUGUGUUGGUUCAGAAACUUUGUAUAGACGACCUAAAACAAAUGAUGUUGUAAUAAAGUCUAAAUGAAUUAUUUUAAA